CUGUCUCUCCCAUGUUGCAGGAUUUCUCUGACCAGAGAGACAUGGCCAAGCAGCCGGUGUGCGCUCCCACCGGCUACAUCCCGGGGCAGCAGCUCGAUGGAGCCGCGGGACUUACAGCAAGCAAACCGGACAACACGGCCGUGUGCCCGCCGCCUGCCCCCCACCACCACCCGGCGCCGCAGCCGCCGCCUCCUUGCAACGAGAGCAAAACUUUUUGUCCCACGGAGAAUAAACCGGGAGAACCGGACGCCAACAAAGCGUAUGGGACGUUCAAUAAAAGCAGCGCGCCGCCGGUCCCCGGGUCCGCGGCCGUCAACUCGGCCUUCAGGAAAGAUUCCGUCGGUUCGGCCCGCGGGGGGUCCGCCCAGUACGGAGACCCGCUCCGGGCCACCGCCGAGCAGAACAACGCCACCGCGGGCAACUGGACGGCCAUGAGCCAGACCACCAUCAUCCUGGGGACAGAUGGGAACACGUCCGUCCAGCCCGGGACGGCGGGGGUUGGCGAUGAUGAUGAUGAUGGGGGAGAUGAGAAUAAGGCCAGGGGAAACUGGUCCAACAAACUGGAUUUCAUUCUGUCUAUGGUUGGCUAUGCGGUGGGUCUGGGAAACGUGUGGAGGUUUCCUUAUCUCGCCUUUCAAAACGGUGGAGGAGCGUUUUUGAUCCCAUACCUGACGAUGUUGGGCGUUGCCGGGAUCCCAAUCUUUUUGCUGGAGGUGUCUCUGGGUCAGUUUGCCAGCCAGGGCCCUGUCUCUGUAUGGAAGUGCAUCCCUGCGCUGCAAGGUUGCGGGAUUGCCAUGUUGAUAAUAUCUGUCUUGAUAGCCAUAUACUAUAAUAUUAUAAUGUGCUGGACACUGUACUACCUGUUCGCUUCGUUGAAGGGCUCACUGCCAUGGGCUAACUGUAGGAAUGAGUGGAACACGGUGGAAUGUAAGGACAAAGACAUGCUGCUGUUAGACUCGUGCAUCGUGCGGGAUGCAAACUUCACCUUCAUGUCCGUCCAGAACUCUUCUUUCUGUCUGUCUGCAAACGCUGUGGGAAACCUGACAAAGCUGAUAAACAUGACUGUGGGUGGCAACAAGACCUACGUCAGUCCCAGUGAGGAAUACUUCAAGUACAACGUGUUGCACAUUUCCAAAGGGAUUGAGUAUCCAGGAGACAUCCGCUGGCCUCUGGCAGGCUGUCUCUUCCUGGCCUGGCUCAUUGUCUACGCCUCUCUGGCCAAAGGAAUCAAAUCAUCAGGAAAGGUGGUAUAUUUUACAGCCACGUUUCCCUACGUGGUGCUGGUCAUCCUUCUGAUCAGAGGCGUCACUCUUCCUGGUGCUAGAGAUGGGAUCCUUUACUUUAUCACACCAAAAUGGGAAAAACUCAUUGAUGCAAAGGUGUGGAAAGAUGCAGCCACACAGAUCUUUUUCUCUCUGUCGGCUGCUUGGGGAGGACUCAUUACUUUGUCUUCCUACAAUAAGUUCCACAAUAACUGCUACAGGGACACUAUUAUAGUGUCGUGUACAAACAGUGCCACCAGUAUAUUUGCAGGGUUUGUCAUCUUCUCGGUCAUUGGUUUCAUGGCACACGAGUUAAAAGUGCCGAUAGAGGACGUGGCAGAUGAAGGCCCAGGCAUAGCCUUCGUGGUGUAUCCAGAGGCCCUGACCAGACUCCCGCUGUCUCCUUUCUGGGCGAUCAUCUUCUUCCUCAUGUUACUGACUCUGGGCCUGGAUACAAUGUUUGCCACCAUCGAGACCAUCGUAACCUCGGUGUCUGAUGAGUUCCCCAAGUACUUGAGGAAACACAAACCGCUCUUCACCCUGGUUUGCUGCGCCUCUUUCUUCAUCCUGGGUUUUCCCAUGAUCACCGAGAGUGGGAUGUAUAUGCUGCAGUUGGUGGACACUUUCGCAGCAUCGUAUUCUUUGGUCAUCAUCGCUAUCUUUGAGUUGGUGGGGAUUUCGUACCUCUAUGGUCUGCAGAGGUUUUGUGAGGACAUUGAAAUGAUGAUUGGUUUCCAGCCAAACCAGUUCUGGAGGGUGUGCUGGGCCUUUGUGACUCCGACCAUCCUGACAGGCAUUUUGGGACUGAGUCUGUAUCAGUGGAAUGGGAUGACUUAUGAGGAAUACACCUACCCCACUUGGUCCAUGGUUCUCGGCUGGCUCAUGGUCAUCUGUUCUGUAAUCUGGAUCCCCAUCAUGUUCGCCAUUAAGAUGCACCUGGCCCCCGGCUCAAUCAUCGAGCGUCUGAAGCUGGUCUGCUCCCCUCAGCCUGACUGGGGUCCUUUCCUGAUGAAGCACCGCGGAGAACGCUACAAGAACAUGAUCGACCCGCUGGGAACCAACUCCCUGGGCCUCAAACUGCCCCCGAAGGACUUCCAGCUCGGUUCCUACCAGUAG